AUUCAACAAGAAGAUCCGAAAAAUUAACUGAAGCGAUCAAUAACGUUAAUAACAAAAACGAAAAACCUAAACAUAACUGUGAAGAAGAAAUGAAUCAACAAACAGACCUUCAAGAAGACACAUAA